AUGAAUUCUAAGAGACCAAGCUAAGAAAGAGUUUCGAAUUAAUACAAUUAAUCUUUAUACCCUUUAAAUCCAAUAGUCAAUUCAAAUAUAGAUUAUAGUAAAAUAUCAGGAUUAAAUUCAAAAAAUACAACUUAAAAUGAAGAAUUGAAAAUGACCAAUAGAUACCUAUAAACUUAAUUAACAUUAUAUUAAGGUUUAGAUUUAAUCUAGCAUUAGAGAAAGUAGUUGCUCUUGAGAAAAAAAUAUCAGAAUUAACUAAUCAAACAGAAUAUUUACAAAAUGAAUUAAACAAUUAUCAAUUUGAACUUGAAUAAGUUUAUGUGAAUACUCAGAAGUAAUUUAGUUAAUAAGAAAUCUCAAAAGAGGAAAUUGAAGGAAAGGAAGAGAAUAUAAAUUCCCUUUAAGUAUAAGUGCAAAUUCUUUAAGAGAAAAUUACAACUAUGCAUAAUACUUAUUAAUAAGAAAGAUUAUAAAUGAAAUAAUUAUUAUUAAAUAAAGAACUAGAUAAUAAGUAUAUUCUUUAUAUGAUUAUUAGAUUAUUAUAUUCAGAGUUAAAUAAAUUGUAGAUAAAAAAUGGAUAAAAAAAUUUGGCUGAAGAUGGGAAUUAGUUAAAAGCUAUAAUUGCUGAAUACAAUGAAUUUAAAAUUAAAAAAUUGAAAGAAAUAGAACAAUUAUAAGAUUAAAUAAAUAAUUACUAAGAUAAAUUGAAAUAAUUAGAUUAAAUGUAAAUAUUUUUAAAUAAUUUGAAUAGUAAAAUCGAAGAAAUUCAAUCUAAAUAUCAUUAAUUGGUUUAGGAUUAUGAAUAGUAAUAAAAAUUAGAGAGCUAAUUAAAUUAAUAAAUUUUAUAACUGUAAAGUUAAUUGUCAAUAUUGAGUCAUUAAUGUUAGACAGUUAAAGAGGAGAAAAAUUAAUGGAAUAAAGAGAAAUAAGCAAUAGAAACUUAUUAUUUAGAUUAACUACAAAAGUAAGAUAAUCAAAUAAAUUUAAUGAUAAGAACAAAUUAAAUAUCAGAUAGUAAAGUGAUUAUUUAAAAGUUACAAUCAUAAAUAGAGUAAGGUAUUUUAUUAAUUUAGAUAAAAAGAUAAAUUAAUAAAGGAAAUAAGUUAAUAAAAAUGUAAUUGUUCUUAAAGUGUAUAAUAUCAUAAAGAAUUAGAAUAAAAAAAUACAACUUUAAUAUUGGAAGUUGAAAGAUUGAAUUCUAUUUUGAAAUCUAAGUUAUUAGAGUUGGAGAAUAUUGAGAAAGAAAAGAAAUUCUAGAUGGAUAAACAAGUACAAUAGUAAGUUUAUCACAAUCUAGUUUAAAUAUAAAAGGUUUAAAAAUGAAUAUAAUUUAUUAUUAUUUCCAGAUUCUAUAUAUAAAUGUUAUUAAUAAUUGAAAAAUCGAAAAAAUUUAGAAAUGUUGUAAAGUGAAUGGGAAUUGAGUAUAGCAAUAAUAGGUGAUUCAGGAGUAGGAAAAUCAACAUUUUUAUAAAUGUUUUUAACUGGUUAGUUUGUACUAAGACAUAAUGAUAAAAUAACAAUUAAUCAUAAGGAGAUUAUGUUAGGACAAAAGACAGUUUAAUUAAAACUUAUUGAUAUUGUAAGUAUAUAUUUAGAAUAGAAGUCUGGUAAAGAACCAUUUCGUUCUAUGGCUUGGGUUCAUUAUAGAACUUGUAUAGGAAUAAUCUUAAUUUUCGAUCUUUCUAGUAGAGAUAGUUAUGAGAAUCUAAAGAAGUGGUACGAAGAGAUUCAAUAAUAUGUUGACUAAGAAAAAAUUAUAAUUAGAUUGGUCGGUAAUAAAUGUGAUAAAUUAUUUUAUAAUGAUGUUGAUUAAGGAAAAGAGGGGGCAAAUGAUAGGUAAUGAGAAUUCAUAUUAAUUUUUAAGACAUUACAUAUAAUUUGAGGAGGGUGAAUAGUUUGCAGCUACUCAUUAAAUGUAAUAUUCUCAAACUUCAAGCAGUGUGAUUUCUUUAGCUUAAGAUGAAAAUUACUAGAGUAUUCCUUAAAUUUUUGCAAAAUUUAGUGAAGAAAUAUUGGAAUUUAUUAAAAAAAAUCAAGAAAAUGGUAAAAUAGAAGAAUUGAUGGGAAUCAGAAGUUUAAAAAAAUAAGUUGUAGUACAUGAAGUUAAGAAAAAAAUAAAUCGAAGUUCUUGUUGUUGAAUAGAAUUUAUAAGACACUAAAUAACAAUCUAUAUAUUUUUUAUAGUUUUCUACAAAUUCAGC